AUGGCUAUUCAAAUAUCCAUAUUUAGUAAAGCAUUGACUCCGGAUGAAAAUGAUAAUGAUAAUCGACCGAUGCUAUUGACUUAUACGGAAUUAGAACGGAAAUUUAAUAUCCCGCAUCUAAGGGG